AUGUCUUAGGACCAUCUUCAUUAAUUAAAUUAUACUAUGCAUAUGUACAAAGCAGUAACUUUAUGAUUGUUUUGUGUAAUUUAGAGUAAUUUUAUCGUCAUCUACGUUCUACUAGUGUACAGUAUCAUAUCAACAUUACAAAUAGUUAUUCUUGGCUUUAUUUAUUUUUUUAAUCAGGUACAUGCAAGGCCAGUUGCAUUACUUUAAAAGCCAGAAGAUUGCGUACGUAGAAAGUGAUUGAAUAUGUCCUAUCGCUCUGAAUUUUAAAUAACUAUCGCGCGAUGUUUGUUUAAAUUGAGUGUUAGCAGGUUUUUUUUUCAAUAAUUAUAACCGCAUGUUGCUGGAACAACUAGAUAAAUUAUCUUCAACAGUGUCGUGAUGAGCGUCGUAGACAUAAAACCUUCGUAUUUAGUUGCCACGACCGCUGGUGCUCUCGUGGUCGCCGGUAUUUAUUUAUACAAAAAACAACAAGAAAAUAAAAUUCCGACGAAAUGGAAACCGGUGGCCGAAGUGAAAAACAUUUAUCUCUAUCCUCUUAAAAGUGGACAGGCUAUUGGGAUGAACGAAGCGGAUUGCACUCCCCUUGGAUUACAACAAACUGGAAAUGAGAGUUUUAAGCUUCGCGACAGAUCAUUUGUCGUUUACAAUGAAAAAAGUAACGGGUUUGUGACUGCAAGAACUUACCCAAAAAUGGUACUAAUCACGUUGGUUGAGCAUUUACCUCUACAGAAUCACGUCGCUAUAGAUGCCCCUGGUAUGCGUACAUUAUAUGUCAAAGUUCCAAGUUUAGACGAUGACGUCAGAACGGAAGAAAUUACGAUGUGGUCAAAUGAAAAAGAAACAGCAUUGGAUUGCGGUGACGAGGCAGCUGUCUGGUUCUCUAGGUAUAUUUUGGAACAAGAUUCCGGUUUAAGGUUGGGUUUUUAUCCUUCUGAGAAGAGACGAGAUAUCUCAAAAUCUCAUGUGAAACACUUGAAAAGCUAUAAGAAUCUCAGUAACGAAGCCACGGGAAUGUUUUCAGAUUUGUCCAGUUACAUGAUAAUAAACGAAGCGUCUAUUCAGGAACUGAACACACGUCUAACGUCUCCCGUAACACAUCGAAAUUUUAGGCCAAAUAUCGUCGUCGAAGGAAAAGAAUCUCCCGCAUUCGCCGAAGACACCUGGAUCUGGGUAAAAGUGGGUGACGUUGUCUUUAGACAUGUAAAACAUUGCACAAGAUGCGUGUUUACAACCAUAGAUCCCUUAACUAGCGUUCGAUCUCGAGAAAGGGAACCUCUCAAAACAUUGGAAACAUAUCGUCAGCUUGGAGAGCAUUUGAAUGUGCACAAUUUUGAAUCGAAAUCAGUUGUUAUGGGCGUAAAUUUGGAACUGAAAAAGGCUGGCGUCAUUCAUGUUGGUGAUACAGUUUUUAUCCCAGAAUGAUUUUGGUGUGUGGCGAGUAUGAGAAAUAAUCAUUAGCAGAUAACUAUACGUACUGUGCUCUUUGUUUAGUUCUACUCUAUUAUAUUAUUUAAUCAGCAAUUUAAUAAAAUAUACAAUAUUAAAUUGUU